AGUUGGUACACACUUAGAAAAAUGGCGGAUUGCUCAAACAGUUCCUUGGCUUUAUUAGGUGCUUAUUUAAGUGACGGAAGCAGCGAUGAAGAAAUUCCAGGACCUAAAGUUUCCACAAAAAGACAGGCAUCAAAAGACUGGCCUGAUCAGAAUCCUAGUAAAAAGAUGUCAAGUGAUGGUGAUGAAGAGAAAUUACCACUUCCAUCACCGCUGAUGUCAUUCAUUCCAUCAUCCAAGAAUAAAGUGGACAAUCCAGUGGAACAUGAUGGACGUAUUCGUUCAUUUCCACAUGAGAGAGGGAACUGGUCAACAUAUGUUUACAUCCCUUUCGAGCCUGGUCCAGCUGUCAGCUCAUUUGUUGACGUUGUGCUUGAGUGCUGUAAGACGACAGUAGUUCUCAAACCUGUCGAUGAACACCACAUCAGUUUAACCCGAACAGUUGUGUUAAGGCAUCACUGGAUUGACUCUUUCUUUGAGUCAGUACGACUGUGUAUCAAGGAACUUCCAAGCUUUUCACUCAGUUUUGACUCUGUUGGGGUGUACUGUAAUGAAGAGAAAACACGCACCUUCAUUGGAUUAACUGUUGCUGCUGGUCAUAAGUCAUUAAUUGCAGUGGUUAACGUACUGAACAAGUGUCUUGCAGAUUUCAGGCUUCCUCCAUUCUAUAAGGAACCAUCAUUUCACAUGAGUAUAGCAUGGUGUGUUGGUAAUUAUGUUGAGCAGAUUGAGAGGGAUGUACUCCCUCAGUUACAAGUGGCCUUCCAGCACUUCAUGCAUGCUCAGUAUGACCAGUGGAAACUCCACGUAGUCCAACUGCAUUGCAAGUGUGGAAACAAACUGUGCACUUUUCAACUUGCCAAUUAACUGUAAGAGUGAUGGCAACAGAUUUAUCCUAACUAAACCCAAAUGUAACAUUAGAGAAUUAGUAAUCAUUAGUAUGCUGUUCUGUACAACUGAAAUAAAAUCUUCUCGGGUGAGCAACUGUGUAAAUUCAGCAGUAGGUGACCUGUGUCAAUUCAGGGGUAGGCAAACAGCUGUGUCAGUUCAGAAGUAGGUGAACAGCUACAUCAACUCUGAAGUCCAGUGUUUCAGAAAUCUUCUGUCUCCAUUAUCAGAGAAUGAUGGAUUGGUUAAACAGUGAUUAACACACUGAAUUGGCUGGCAUGAUGUCUCAUGUUUGAGAGGUGCUCUGUCUAUAACAUAGCCAGGAUGCCAGCUAUCCUGGCAGGUUUCUCAGGGUCUCUUCAGCCCCUUCAGGCAGGUCUUGAUUAGACCAUGCCUACUUCCUUCCAAUUCUUCACUCAUCAUCCCACCAUUUGACACCAUACAGUUUAGCUACUGACUGCUUUGUAAAAUCCAUCCCAUUCCCCACCAAAUAAUUAACUGGCAAUUAUAAAUAGUAUAUAGUGAUUAUGUAUCACUGAUUAUUUUUUGUAUUCACUUCUACUAACACAUAUCAAGGUUCAACCUUCAAGGACAACGUUUGACAUACAAAGAGGGUGUGGGGUGUCAGUAGUAGCUGAGGUGGACCUCAGUGGUGGGGGGUGGGGUUUGUGUGUGUGUGUGAGAGAGAGAGAGACCAUCAGUGUUGACUGGUACAUAAUUCCACGAUGCUGGAGACACAGGUCUCUGAUGAGACAUCUCUCUUUUCCAAAUCAAAGACUGAAAAUUUUGUCACAUAAAAUAAAGCAUUACAUUUGUCACACAAAUAUUUCCUCUUUCCUUUUGAAUCAUGCAGUCAUAAAAGAGAAAAUGGAAAA